AUGUCAUAUGUAACAACAUCAGAUUCUGCUAGUAAAAACAAUAACAUAGUAUGUAGUAGUAACACUAGUACGAGGAAGUUGUCGAAUAUGGAUCAUGUUGCUAAUGAUAAUAAUAUUGUAGCCGACAAUAUUAAUAAAUCUAAACAAAUUGAACGGCGUUAUGAUGAUUAUAGAAAGAAAAGAAAGCGUCCAUCUAAAGUGGCGGUGGUUCCGACGAUGGAAACAACCACCGGAGACACCGCUACGGCGUCACAUGGUUUUAUAUCGGUUAUUGGACGGAGGAGAGUGAUGGAAGAUGCUAUUAAGGUGAUUCCACGUUUUGUGGCGGCGGAAAAGCAACCGUGUGGUUAUGAUUUCUUUGCGGUUUAUGAUGGUCACGGUGGUAUGACGGUGGCGAAUGCUUGUCGUGAUAGGUUGCAUGUUUUGUUGGCGGAGGAAGUGAAGGAGGGAAGGAGGAAUGAUGGGUUUGAUUGGUGUAAGGCUAUGUGUGAGUGUUUUAUGAAGAUGGAUAGGGAAAUUGGUGUUGGUGGUGGUUUUGAUGGUGAUGUUGAUGGGAAUACGGUGGGUUCUACGGCGGCUGUUGUGGUGGUUGGGAAGGAGGAGAUUGUGGUGGCGAAUUGUGGUGACUCUAGGGCGGUUUUGUGUAGUGGUGGUGUAGCGGUGCCACUUUCACGUGAUCAUAAGCCGGAUCUUCCCGAUGAAAGAGAGAGGAUUGAAGCAGCGGGUGGAAGAGUGAUUAAUUGGAAUGGAAGUCGCGUUUUAGGAGUUCUUGCUACUUCUAGAUCCAUAGGGGAUCACUGCAUGAAGCCAUUUGUGAUAUCUCAACCAGAGAUAAACGUGUACGGAAGAACAAAAUCAGAUGAAUUUGUUGUAGUAGCAAGUGAUGGUCUUUGGGAUGUAGUUUCAAACAAUUUUGUUUGUGAAGUUGUAAGAAGUUGCCUCCAAGGUCAUAUGAGGAUGAGGCAUAAUAAUAAUCAUAAUCAUAAUCAUAUAAAAGAAGAUCAUCAUACUAUUAAAAGUUAUGCAGCUGAGGCUGCAGCAAUCUUAGCUGAAUUGGCUAUGGCUAAGGGAAGCAAAGACAACAUUAGUGUUAUAGUCAUUCAGCUCAACACUAACAUUUGA